AUGACCUGCACAGGCCUUUCCUGGGCAGACCUUGUGGCCUUGGCACCGCCUGCCGCCCCAGGCCUGCUGGGCAGACCCUUGUGGCCUCCCCGCCUGCCGCACCAGGCCUGCUUGGGCAGACCUUUUUGGCCCCCUGGCCUGCCUUGGCAAACCAGGCCGCUGGCAGACCUUGUGGCCUGGCCCGCCUGGCCUCCACCAGCCUUGCCUUGGCCAGGACCUUUUGGCCCGCCCGCCCUGCCUGCACCUAGCAUUGCCAGGCCUGCCUUGCACCAGCACCUGCUUGGUAGCCCUUGUGGCCUGCCGGCCUUGCCUGCACCAGGCCGGCCGAAAACCUUGUGGCCGGCCCGCCCUGCCUGCACCAGGCCUUGCUGGGCAGACCUUGUGGCCUGCCCGGCCCUGCCUGCACUAGGCCCUGCGCAGGACCUUUGUGGCCCGGGGCCGGGCCCUGCCCGCACCGGGUUGCUUGGCAGACCUUGUGGACCCGCCCGCCUGCCUGCACCGGGGCCUGGGGCAGACCUUGUUGGCCCGCCCGCCUGCCCGCCAGCCCGCCUGCUUGGCAGACCUUGUGGUCCGCCCGCCUUGCCCUGCACCGGCCCUGCUUGGCAGACCUGUUGGCCCCGCCCCCACUUGCCGCACCGGGCCCUCCUUGCAGACCUUGUGGCCCGCCCGCCUGCCCUGCACCCAGGCCUGCUUGGCCAUGACCUUUGUGCCCACCCGCCUGGGCCUGCCCAGGCCUGCUUGGCAAGACCUUUGUUGGCCCGCCCUGACCAGGCCUGCUGGGCCCGACCUUUGUGGCCCGCAGCCCCUGCCCCAGGCGGGUUGCUUGGCCAGGGACCUUGUGGGACCCGCCCCCUGCCCCGGGCACCAGGCCUUGCUGUCCCAACCUUUGUGGCCCGCCCGCCUGCCUGCACCGGGCCUACUUGGCGGACCUUGUGGCCCCCCCGCCCGCUUGGCACCAGGCCUGCUGGGGCAGCCUUGGGGCCCACCCGCCUGGCCUUCCCACCCAGGUGCCUUGGCAGACCUUUUGUGGGCCCACCCCCCGGCCUGCCUGCACCGGGCCUGCUUGGCAGACCUUGUGGCCCGCCCGCCUGCCUGCACCAGGCCUGCUUGGCCUGCUUGGCAGACCUUGUGGUCCGCCCGCCUGCCUGCACCAGGCCUGCUUGGCAGACCUUGUGCCCGCCCGCGUGCCUGCACCGGGCCUCCUUGGCAGACCUUGUGGCCCGGCCCGCCCAGCCUGCCUGCACCAGCCUGCUCGGCAGACCUUGUGGCCCACCCGCCUGCCUGCACCAGGCCUGCUUGGCAGACCUUUUGGCCCGCCUGCACCAGGCCUGCUGGGCCUGCUUGGCAGACCUUGUGGCCCACCCGCCUGCCUGCACCGGGCCUGCUUGGCAGAAAUUGUGGCCCGCCCCGCCUGCCUGCACCAGGGCCUGCUUGGCAGAUAUUGUGGCCUGUCCGCCUGACCGCACCGGGUGCUUGGCAGACUUUGUGGCCCGCCCUCCUGCCCGCACAGGCCUGCUUGGCACCGACCUUGUGGCCCGCCCGCCUGCCCGCACCCGGCCCUGCUUGGCAGACCUUGCGGCCCGCCCGCCUGCCUUCCUGCACCAAGCCUGCUUGGCAGACCUUGUGGCCCCCGCCCGCCUGCCUGCACCGGGCCUGCUUGGCACACGCCCGCCUGCCUGCACCUGGCCUGCUUGGCAGACUUAUGGCCACCCGCCUGCCCACACCCAGGCCUGCUGGCACCCGCACCCGCCUGCCUCACCGGGCCUGCUUGGCAGACCUUGUGGCCCGCCCGCCUGCCUGCACCAGGCCUGCUUGGCAGACCUUGUGGCCCGCCUGCCACCGGGCCUGCUGGGCAGACCUUGUGGCCCGCCCGCCUGCCUGCACCGGGCCUGCUUGGCCUGCUGGGCAGACCUUGUGCCCACCCGCCUGCCUCCGCACCGGGCCUGCUUGGCAGACCUUGUGGCCCGCCCCCGCCUGCCGCACCAGGCCCUGCUGGGCAGAACCUUGUGGCCUGACCGCCUGCCUGCACCAGGCCUGCUGGACAGACCUUGUGCCCACCCGCCUGCCUGCACCAGGCCUGCUUGGCAGACCUUGUGGCACGCCCGCCUGCCUGCACCGGGCCUACUGGGUAGACCUUGUGGCCCCCCCGCCCUUUCGCACCGGGCCUGCAUGGCAGACCUUGUCCCGGCCGCCCGCCUGCCCACACCAGGCCUGCUUGGCAGACUUGUGGCACACCCGCCUGCCCGCACCAGGCCUGCUUGGCAGACUUGUGGUACACCCGCCUGCCCGCACCAGGCCUGCUUGGCAGACAUUGUGGCAACGUACGCCCCGCCUGCCCGCACCAGCCUGCUUGGCAGACUUAGUGCCAAACGCCCGCACCUGAUUGCACCGGUCUGCUGGGCAGACCUUGUGGCCCGCCCACCUGACCGCACCGGCCUGCUUGGCAGGACCCUGUGGCCCGCCCACCUGCCCGCACCCGGCCCUACUGGCAGACCUUGUGGGCCCGCCCACCUGCCCGCACUGGGCCUGCUUGGCAGACCUUGUUGCCCGCCCGCCUGGCCCGCACCGGCCUGCUUGGCAGACUUGUGGCCCGCCCACCUGGCCGCACCGGGCCUGCUUGGCAGACUUGUGUCACGGCGGCUGGCCCGCACCAGGCCUGCUUGGCAGACUUGUGGAUCGCCUGCCUGUCCUGCACCGGCCUGCUGGGCAGACCUUGUGGCCCUCCCACCUGCACGCACCGGACCUGCUUGGCAGACCUUGCAGCCCGCCCGCCUGCCCGCACCAGGCCUGCUUGGCAGACCUUGCAGCCCGCCCGCCUGCCCGCACCAGGCCUGCUUUGCAGACCUUUGUGUGGCCCGCCCGCCUGCCCGCAUCGGGCCUGCUUGGCAGACCUUGUGGCCUGCCCGCUUGCUCGCACCGGGCCUGCUUGGCAGAUCUUGUGGCCUGCCCGCCUGCCCGUAUCGGCCUGCUUGGCAGACCUGUGGCCCGCCCGCCUGCCCGCACCGGGCCUGCUUGGUAGACCUUAUGGCCCGCCAGCCUGCCCGCACCGGGCCUGCUUGGCAGACCUUGUGGCCUGCCUGCCUGCCCGCAUCUGGCCUGCUUGGCAGAUCUUGUGCCUGCCCGCUGCCCGCACCGGGUCUGCUUGGCAGAUCUUGUGGCCUGCCUGCCUGCCCCGCAUCGGGCCUGCUUGGCAGACCUUGUGGCCCGACCGCCUGCCCACACCGGGCCUGCUUUGCAGACCUUGUGGCCCGCCCGCCUUCCCGCAUCGGGCCUGCUUGGCAGACCUUGUGGCCUGCCCGCUUGCUCGCACCGGGCCUGCUUGGCAGAUCUUUUGGCCUGACCGCCUGCCACACCGGGCCUGUUUUGCAGACCUUGUGGCGGCCCGCCCGCCUGCCGCAUCGGGCCUGCUUGGCAGACCUUGUGGCCUGCCCGCUUGCUCGCACCGGGCCUGCUUGA